AUGUGAAGGUAAAAACCUGCAGAUCUUUGUGCAUUUGCCAGAGGUGUAGGAACUAGGACUUCGUAACCAGUAUCGAUUACAGCACCACAUCUGCAGUUCACAUUCUGUUUUAAGUACUGAACUUUAUUGGAAUUCUAUAAAUGCUUCUUUACAUAUAUCACACACACGGCUUCGAUUUUGGUACUCCAUAAAAACAAGUGACAAGGUGCACAAAAUGGUUAUUACAGACACACACAGUCAUCUUAAAGCCAGUGCAGUAUAGAACAGUACUAAAAUCAUACCUGUUUAUAGGAUUAAACAUAUAUACAUUUUUUUAAAAGCCAAAAACAUGGAAGUGGGAUACAUUAGUGAUUAAAUAUAAGAGUAUAUAGUCUGUAGCAGCUUUUUAAAAUAUUCAACUACUAUCUAGUUAUCUAGCAGCAACGUUGUCUAAUGAUUGUUAGACAGUUUGUUUCAAUCAGUAGAUGUUUUGUUCCAAUAUUUCAUACAGACUGUAGAUGUCUCUGAUCAUCACAUUAGCAAGAACAAAAUAGUUUCUACUUAAAUCUUUACUGACAUUUGUAAAAGUAAUUACAAUACCUCAACUUCACAUGUGUUUAUUUGUCACUUUCAUAUUCCAGAGUACAAAAUAGGCUGCAUACUUCAUUAAUAUUUUUUUCUCCGAUGCAGACCGUAAAUGGAUGGAAAUUCCCAGGAGGUCUGUCCAAUCCUGGCGAAGACAUUGGCGACACGGCAGUUCGAGAGGUUUUUGAAGAGACUGGCAUCAAGUCAGAGUUCAAGUCCAUCCUAAGCAUUAGACAGCAACACAAACACCCUGGAGCCUUUGGGAAGUCAGACAUGUACAUCAUCUGUCGCCUGCAGCCCUCCUCCUUCACCAUCAACUUCUGCCAGCAGGAAUGCUUGCGGUGUGAGUGGAUGGACCUCGACGAGCUUGCCAGGACAAAACAUGCUACUCCCAUCACGAGCAAUGUCGCUAAGCUGUUACUUUAUGGAUACCGGGAAGGGUUUGAUAAAAUUGAUAUAACCAUGAGAGAGUUUCCAGCUGUUUACACAGGCCUCUUCUACAAACUAUACCAUAGGGAGCUACCUGAAUCCUACAGAAACAUUACAUGAUAGCAACAAAUUU